UAAUAUUUAGUGCUGAAACACUGUACCUUUUAAUUUAAAUGCCCUUGGAGUCUGCUGGGGAGGAGAAAAUAAUACAUGUCAGUCAGUAUGACCCCUGCAGAUGAGUGCCGUCGAUCUUAGAAUCAUCACCGCACACUUCACUCACCCAUUUUUUGGGCAGUCACGGGGCCAAAAGACCAGAGUGUGGAGCCCACAGUCCCUGUGGCUGGUGCGGUUGGAGGCAGCAGCAAGAUGGGAGGCCAUACAGCACCCUAUGACAAAAAUGGAAACCCUCAGCAGUGUGAGGAGACCCUGAAAGUGGCACAUGGCAGACGUGUGGCGAUGGAGACAGCAGCAAAGGAGGGCCGUACAGAGACCC